GGCCUCGGGAAGCCCCAUUCAGCGCCUACUCCGGCCAGUACUCGUCACGUCUUCGGCACGAGCUGAACUCGUCUCUCACACAAGCCAAACGUACGGAUAUUACUUCCAGAAUUAAGAUGGAAGAUUUGAAAGAGGAAGGCGAGAUCGGAAUGGUGGGUAAGAAGGUGCCGCAGUACAGCACGUACGCUGCUAAAAAAACAGUGGCUCAGGGGAUGAUGGACAUUGCUCUGAUCACCGCCAAUGCCAAUCAACUGAGAUACCUAAUCCAAUUUCAAAGUUACGCCCCGACGUAUUACGUUACCCUUACGCUCAUCGUUCUCAGUAUAGUUUUGCAGGUGAUAGUUGGACUUUUUCUUAUAUUUAAAGGACGCUAUGAUCUCAAGGGAGAAGAAAAACUCAGACAAGCAAAUAUUGUCAAUAAUUAUGUUGUUGUUGGUGUUUUUCUUAUAACAAUUAUAAAUGUUUUCAUUGCAUCAUUUAGCUUAUCAGUAGAGCCAAUUAUCGGAUCGAAUGUAGUUGUACAAAAUAAUCCUGCACUUGCAGCACCUUAGCGA